AUGGAGUUGGAACUCAAGUUUGCAUUUAUUUUUUGUUUGUGGAUAACCCCUCUAAUGCAGGUGUAUGUUAUAGACUUUGGCCUUGCAAAGAAAUACAGGGACCUUACCACUUACAAGCACAUACCAUACAGGGAAAACAAGAAUCUCACUGGAACUGCUCGAUAUGCGAGUGUUAACACUCACCUUGGAGUAGAGCAAAGUAGGAGGGAUGACAUGGAGUCCCUUGGUUAUGUCCUCAUGUAUUUCUUGAGGGGCAGCCUCCCCUGGCAGGGUCUGAAAGCUGGUACGAAAAAGCAAAAAUAUGACAAAAUCAGAGAAAAGAAAAUGCUAACCCCAAUAGAAGUGCUCUGCAAGUCCCACCCAUUAGAAUUUAUAUCAUAUUUCCACUACUGUCGCUCCUUGUGGUUUGAAGACAAACCAGAUUACUCAUAUUUGAAGAGGCUUUUCCGGGAUCUCUUUAUUCGAGAAGGUUCUCAGUUUGAUUAUGUGUUUGAUUGGACAAUAUUGAAAUACCCCCAAAUUAGCUCGAGCUCGAGGACUCGCCAGCCUGGACUUGCCAGUGGGAAACCAGGAGUGGGCCCCUCAGCAGAAAGGCCAGAAAGAAUUUCAGCCUUGCCUCUUAAAACGGGGUGACAAUCCUAAAUCCACACCAGCAUACAUGGGGAUCUAAAAGGACGUAACAAAGCAGAGAGCACAAGGAUCUAUUAGAAUUGUGGUGCUUCGUAGGGCAACAAAUGCGAUAGGUCCAUGGCACUAAAAAGUGCCACAGAUAUAAUACAUAGCUCUUUUGGCAUUGUGGCAUUGCAGAUAAGCUAGAUUAACACUACAGAUGUAUGAUUACUGUGUGAUUAUGUGAAUAAAUGGAGAGAGGUAAUUUGUUAGUAUCC